CAACAUGUCUACUGAAAAUGAUCAGUCAUCAGGAGGAACAUCAUCUUCUUACCCUCCCACACUUUCCGAACGUUCCACACAGACCUUCUCUUCAGAGGAAGAAGAUACUGAAGGAGAUGAGGAGAGCUCAAAGGAAGAAUCUCCAUUUCCUGAAGAGGAAGAGUAUCUGGAGGAGAGUGAGUAUCUGGACGAGGAAGAGUAUCUGAAAGGAAAGGAGUUUCUGUAUGAAAAGGAGUAUCUGAAGGAGGAAAAGGAUCUGCAAAAGGAAAAGUGUCUAGAAGACAAGGAGUAUCUGUAUGAAAAGUUACCGGAAGAGGAAUUCAAGGUGGCUUCUUCAUCACAAAGCCUUCCUGAUGUUAAUGCAAGGAGCCCAGUUGCUGGCCCCUCUUGGGCGAACAUCUUCUUCGCUGUCCCUCCUUCUAUCUCUGAACCUGCUGGCGAGUCUCCUCACUAUGACACGACACCUUCUACAUCCUUCGUGAAGCACGAUAGAGAAUUUCUGGCCUGGCAAGACCAGGGCACACAGACAGAAUGGACCUACGAGAGCAAGUCAGCAUCUUUAAAAUCGAGAUUGAAAAAAGAGCAAGAAAGCUCAACAACGAUGCUCAAGUCUGAUUCGGAAGGGCACAUUAUCCCUGAAGGGCCACAAGAGGAAGAAAAUGCCAUGGAGUUUGUUUCUAAAGAGAGCUUUUGGGACAGUAUAUUAAAUGAGCACACAGACAGGCUGGAAGUCGAGAACUUCAGUGACAAUCUUUUGAACAGCUCCUAUCGGGCAGUGUUUAGGGCCGUGAUCGAUGAAAUGGCUGCUCGCAAUGAACUGGAAGAGGAUAUUGACAUUCCCCUGACUGGCCAUCUGGAGAGUGAAACCAGAAGGAAACUGGGAAUUCUGUUGAAGAAAAAUUUUGAAAAAUACAAAGAAACAAUCUCCUGGAUUCUGAAGAAACGUGAAUACUUACUCAACCCAAAAGCUGCAGGGACGUAUACUUUCACAUUUAGUUUACCGAGUCAACCACCACCAGUUGAGGAGCCUUUGAUAGCAAAAGAAGUCAAAAAACCUCGUCGUCGUGUUCGUCGUAAGAAGAAAUUAGAAAUAGAUACAGAAUGGGUACAGAGCAAGACUAAGGUGCAUGAAGGUGAUGGAAAAUUAAUUCUGUACCCCAGUGGGACUGUCUUCCAAAUUCUCUUUCCUGAUGGAUCAGGCCAGUUACAUUACCCAUCAGGAAACCUGGCUAUGCUCAUCCUCAGCACGAAAGAGAGCAAGUUCACAUACAUCAUUCUGGAAGACAGUAAAGAAAAGGAUGUUCGGGCUCUUAUCAACAACUCUGGCCAUGCCACCUUCUAUGAUGAAAACAGAGAAAUCUGGUUGAGCCUGAGCCAUACCCUGGGCUACUACUUCGCCAAAGGCAAACGCCAGAAGGCCUGGAACUGGUGGAAUCUGAACCUCCACGUCCACGCGCCCCCCGUCCAGUCCAUCUCCUUGAAAAUCAACCAGUACAUCAGGGUACAAAUAAAGAGCCAGGAUAACAUCAUCUUCCACUUCACCCACCAAAAGAAGCACAUUUGCAUGAACCUGGGCACCAAGUACAAGUUCAUAGUCCCGGAGGUGCUGAGCGAAAUGAAGGAGAAAGCAAUCCUGGAGGUGGAAUUCAGUUCAACAGCUCGGAAGAUCCAGUUCCUUCUGGGAAAAAUGAGUAGGAUCCUGAAUUUCCUGACCGCCUCUGAUUUGGAAAACUUUAUAAAGGCCGCCAAGAUCUUUCUAGCGGACAUGAGUCUGAGGAAGGAAUCUUGCCUAGUCACCAAAUCGUCCCAGGGCUUCUCCAGCAUCUGCUGA